AUGUCAUCUGAUAACGCCUCUAGCCAGUUGAAGGACUGCGACCCUCGGCCUCACUUGAACUUGGUCUUCAUCGGUCAUGUCGAUGCCGGCAAGUCGACUACCUGUGGGAAUAUUAUGUAUUUAUCUGGGUUGGUGGAUAAUCGGACCAUUGAGAAGUUCGAGAGGGAGGCUAAGGACAAGAAUCGUGAGUCGUGGUUUUUGGCCUAUAUCAUGGACACCAACGAGGAGGAGAGGGCCAAAGGCAUCACCGUCGAGGUUGGUCGGGCCCACUUCGAAACACCUAAUAGACGAUUUACCAUCUUGGAUGCUCCCGGUCAUAAGAACUAUGUACCGAAUAUGAUCUCUGGCGCGGCCCACGCCGAUAUCGGCGU